AAAGAACUCAUUUAACUUCUCAUCCAUUCUUCAGUCAGAUCUUCCUUUCAUCAUGAACGCUGAAAAACUCAAACAACUUCAGGCCCAGACCAAGACUGCUAGCAAAGGUCAACCAAGGAGGAAGGAGAUCAAACGACCAAAAGGUCUAGGAAUGGGUGCAGGUAGUGGAGAAGAUAAAAAACUUCAAGCUGCACUUAAGAAGUUGAAUGUACAAUCGAUGGCUGGGAUUGAAGAAGUCAACAUGUUCAAGGAGGAAGGUAGUAAGAUCCUUCACUUUGCGAACCCUAGAGUUCAUGGAGCAGCCAACAUGAACACUUUUGCAAUCCAUGGAGCUGGUCAAGAUAAAGAUCUCACAGAAUUGGUGCCAGGGAUCUUACCUCAAUUAGGUCCAGAAUCGAUUGCGAACUUGCGUCGAUUAGCUUCAUCUCUUGGGGAUUUACCUAAUCAUAACUUGAAUAAGAAUUCGAAUGUAGUACCUACAGAUGAUGAUGAUGACGUACCUGAUUUAGUGGAAAACUUUGAUGUAGAAGAAACGGUUGGAAAAGAUACUGCAUUUGAAUCAGUUGAUUAGAGAAAAUGAAACCUAAAUGAACAAAUCAAAUGAAAGAAAUCCCCAGUUUUUAUAAACCAACCGAAAAAAAAUUGACCUUGAUUUAAAAAACAAAGAAUGUUUCAUUUUGAAAAGAAGUAAAGAUUGAAUCAGAAUUAAAGUUUGGAAACUCGAGAAUCGGUUUUAUGUUUUAUUUGAUUGUUUUGAUUGGUUUGAUUACAGACAGAAGAAAUGAGAUCUUAAAUUGAACUUUUGCUUUUUUUAUUUUACAAAGUUUUUGGUUUGGUUUGUUUAAUGAGAUCAUUUUUGAAUCAAUUUUUGCUUCAUAAAUUGAUCAAGAAUUUGUAGGGAGGAUUAAAUUAGAGAAUUUAUAUUGGUUGCAAUUUGUGAAUUUUUGUUUUGUUGGGUU